CCCGUCAACCCCCAACUAAACACUGGCACAGUUCAUGACAGCAAACCACUCCAAAUAGAACAAUCAAAGCAGAAGGGAAUCUUGAUCUUACGCGCAUUUGGAUGGAAGCCUCUCAUCGCUCGGAGGAGGAUGACCUAACAGCAGCAGCAGCAGCAGCAGAAGAAGCACCGUCAUCAGACUCACGUCGAACUGUAAAGCAUCAGCAUCAGCAUGAGGGUGAUUUUCUAUCGCCCAAUCUCCAACCCAAUGAAAUUCGAUCAAUUCAAUGGAGCGACACGGGGUUGGCAGUAAGCGAACAUGGCUACCUAAUGGGUCUUCGACCUCGCUUGAGAGAGUCGUUAUUGGAAUAUAGCGACUACAUGGGUAUUACCGCUAUGAUGAAAGAUUUGACGGCCGUCACCAGUCAACACCGCCUACUAGAUGAUCAAGAUCAGGCCACCCCCAACAUACGGAUCAAAUUGCGCGACGACUUGGAUUGGUUCAUUCAACGCACGGCAGGUGUCAAGCAGUGGAAUUCCAACAUGCACUGGAUUUCUCCCAGUGAUGGCGUGUCUUACAGUCACUUUUUGAAAGCCUUGGGAGUGGCCGGGUUUGAUGAAGUUUUAGAGGCGAUUGGCAAGCACUUUGGCUACCGAGGAUUGGUGGCCUAUCAUCUCAGCUUUCUGGCCGUGAGCAAGUGCGAUCCCGGGACUUUCCACGUUGACGCUACCAACACCGGAGGCAAGUCUAUGAAUAUUCUUAUUCCACUCCUCCUCGCGGACGACACGGGGCCCGAACUCAACCUUAGUGACGACCAAGUGCGCGAACCUUCUACGAGUAAUGAUGGCACUGGAACUGGAAAAUACAAGUACAAGGGUGGUCAACUAAGAUAUCAGUACAAUGUAGCGGCCUUGGUCGGUGACGAAGUCUAUCACGCGACUUCCCGGGUGGAUUACCAUCAGAAUCAUCAUCAGCAGGCUCCGACCGAAAUGAGAUUACUCGCCACGAUUUAUGUGGCGGAUGUUUCCUAUUCCAAUAUUAGUGCUGUACUAGAUGACCAUGUCACGUACGAGGAUAGCUAUCCACCACGGAACGAACCCACCAUUCUCCUCGAGUUGGCAGGAGCCCAUUGGAAAUACAACGACCCUUCCAAGAAGCUGCCUUUUUAAGCUUUUAUUAUUCAUUAAUAGUUGUUCUCUACUUCCUUUCCUUUAACCGU